GUAACACAGACCAUAUACAUAAUCUGGACAUUGCUCUCCUCCAGCAGAAUUUAUUGGCAAAUUAAUUUAAUUACGGUGAAAGUUAUACUUGUCCUAGAGAAAAUUGUGUGUAAGUAAUAGGGAGUGAAAUUCGGUAGGUGUAGGUAGCAAGAAAUGGCGACAUCGCUAGACCCCGAGGAAUUUAAACGGCUCGAGAGACGAAAACGUGUCUUGAUUGGUGCAUUACCUGAGGGAUUUUUGACCCUGGGAGGUGCAGUGCGAGAUGUUCCGGAUGGGACACCUUUGACCCAGCAACAAAUUCAGGAACAAUUGGAUGAACAAGCAGCCAUUGCGUUGCAUCAACAAUUAAAUGCUUCUGCCGGUCCGAGAAACGCUUAUCCACAACCACAACCUAUAAAUAUCAGGGGGAGGUUGCUUAUUUCUGUGAUGCAGGCAAAACUAUUGAAAAAUUAUGGGAUGACAAGAAUGGACCCUUAUGUAAGGAUUCACAUUGGUCACCACAUCUACGAAACUCCUACGGAUGUUAAUGGUGCCAAAAAUCCGAAGUGGAAUAAGACGAUCCAGUGCUUUCUCCCUGUGGGUAUCAAUCAGAUCUACCUAGAAAUAUACGACGAAUGCAACUUUUCCGUGGAUGAACUAAUAGCUCACGCAAACAUAACGAUUCCAGAAGAAAUCUUCAAGGGAGAAACAAACGAAGAAUGGUAUCCCUUGAAUGGAAAGCUGGGCGAUGGAAAAGAGGGGCAAAUUCUUCUCGUGUUCAGUUUUAUGGCUGCACCAGUGGGGCCACAAGCUCCAUUCGUUGGCUCAGUACCUUACAUUCCUCCCGGCGGUGCGGCAAAAAGACAUCAUCACCACACGCCCCCCGUUCCACAAGUUCAUGUCAGCGGCCAACCAGUCAGUCAAGUUGUCCCGGACGAAUCUAGACCACAGUUUAGCGAAGAUGAUUUCAAGCAGCUGAAAGAAAUGUUUCCCAACAUGGACGCAGAAGUUGUCCGUUCGGUCUAUGAAGCUGGGGGGUUCAGCAAAGACUCUGCAGCAAAUGCCCUUUUGGGAAUGUGUGACUAAAUUAUUUUUGUGGUUCCCAUUCCGCACAAGUAAACUUUAUAAUGGAAUUUCCUAAUUAAUGUAUUUAUCCUGUAACAUAUAUAUAUUGUAUAUUGGAUACAUUGUUCAUGUAUAGAUUGUAACGAGGCUUUAGCUUAUUUUUGUUGGCCGAUGACUGCUAAUGAACCAUAAAAUCGAAAUAUUGUAACUUUAAGCUUAACUGUAUUAUUGAAACUGUGCUUAAUAUGCUAACAAUAUAUUUACAAAUUAUCCAUAUAAUUUUCAUGGUGGCGAUGAUGAAUUAGUAUUUUUGUUACAGUAUUGUCUUCUCUGUAUCGGUCGCGGUUUAAUUUAGGUUGAAUUGCUUAUUGUAACAAAAUGUUGAUUAGUUUUACGACGUUGUGAAAUUGUGAUGAAACCGUUGUUAAUUGGCUAGUUUAGUUUAAUUUAUAUAAUCGGCGAACCGUUAACAAUUUAUUCUAUGGAACUUGAAGUACCUUUUAUAAUCAAUACUUGUCCUGAUUUUCAACGAAUAUAAUUAAUUAUAUAAUAGCUCAUUAAUUGUUAAUUAAUUAUCGGUAUUGGUGUGAUUGUCCAGUGAAACGAUUAUAAUGAUUUUUAUUUAAAAUUUACAAGAUUCCAGUCAAAAUAAGUAUGUAAUAUUGAAUUCUUUGGCCAAAAUAAGAUAUGCGCUUUGGAAUGUAAUUUAAUCAUUUCUAUCAAUUGUUGUACUCGUAAUUAUUGUACUGUUUUAUGUUAGACAUAAUUAACUACUCCACAAAUUAUUAUACGUACACAAGUCCCAUGAAUUGUAAUCUCCCAACUAUACGACCACUACUAAUUAACUAAUUAUAAUUAUAGAGUAUGCAUGCAUGUCUAUCGGUGUAUUAUGCAAAUUUUCCAUGUUGUAUGUACGUGUCUGCAUUUAAUAAUAACGAUGCUACCUAUUUUUGUGUAUUGAUGUCGUAAUCUUAAUUGUUAGUCUUUGUAUGUGUAACAUCCUCCUCCUCCUUACUUCAUUGUAUACCAAUUACUCAGAAUAAUAAAGACAUGAAUCAACACACAUUAAA